AUAUCACCGAUCCUUUUAAACUUAGCUUCACCGCACCGCUCCGCUCAAACCCACUCUCUCGCUUCCUUUUACAGUCGCACGAAGCCAACGGUCUGACACCUUUUCUCUCUCUCUCUCACGCCUCUCACCUCUCUCUCUCUCUCUCUCUCGUUCGCAGUCACACAUACUGUAUUCAAGUGCAAUUGCCCAAACAUAGCAGGAGUAGGCAUGUCGAGGAUAUGUGUGAAGAAUCUCCCAAAAUAUGUGGCGGAGGAUCGACUACGAGAAUUCUUUUCUCAGAAGGGAGAAAUCACUGACGUCAAGCUUAUGCGUACGAAAGACGGUAAGAGUCGCCAAUUUGCUUUUAUUGGAUUUCGUACAAAGCAUGAAGCUCAGGAAGCUAUUGAAUAUUUCAAUAGGUCUUACCUUGACACAUCUAGAAUAACUUGUGAGGUGGCUCGAAAACUUGGUGAUGCAAAUCUUCCUCAGCCAUGGAGUCGAUAUUCAACUCACAAAGACAAUAAAGUGACCACCUCAGAUGUGAACAAACAUGUUGAAGCUAAAGGACAAGGAGACAAUUCUAAGGACAUCGUUGAUAUUUGUGACCCACAGCUUCAAGAUUUUCUUCAGGUCAUGGAGCCUCGGACUAAGUCUAAACUGUGGGCAAAUGAUACAUCAGUUGUAUCCAAUGUUGGCAAUCACCAAGCAAUAUCAAAUAAGGAUAGCAAGGGUACAUCGGCUGUGAUCCAUCCCAUCUUACUUCAAAGUGACUCAUUAGAAGAUGGCUUUCCAAAUACUUCUGAACCCAACAAGUCACGGGAGCUUGAACAAGAUGAAGUCAUUUCUGAUAUGGAUUAUUUCAAGAGUAGAGUGACAGAGAAGUGGUCUGAUUCUGGAAGUAGUGAUGAUGAAGAUGAUAAUGACAACAAUGAUUCAGUAUGCAUUGAUGAUCAUGGAAAAGACAAUCAUAGUCAUGUUAAUGAAGAUGAAGAAAAUUGUGAUAAUAAAUCUUCUGAAAGAACCCAAAGAAAUGAUGCUCAAGAAUUAGACCUAGAGGGCCAAGAAGAUACUUCUGGAGAGGAUGUUGACCAUGAAAAGGCUCAAGUGAAUGCAACUGAGCAAGGGGGCCAAGUUUCAAAUUCAGAAUAUGAGAAAGUAGCUUUUGAGUCCUGGCGACUGUUUGUCCGAAAUCUUCCAUAUACGACCACUGAGGAGGAGCUGGAAGAGCAUUUCAGUCAGUUUGGUAGUGUGUCACAGGUUCAUCUAGUUGUUGAUAAAGAUACUAAACGAUCCAAAGGAAUAGCAUAUGUUCUUUUUUCACUUCCAGAAUGUGCAGCUAGGGCGCUAAAAGAGUUAGACAAUUCAAUCUUUCAAGGAAGAUUGUUGCAUGUUAUGCCAGCCAUUCAAAGACCUUCAAACUAUGACGAGAAUAAUGUUUCAAAGGACCAAAGCUCUAAAACUCUCAAACAACGGAGAGAGGAAGAGAGGAAAUUGGCUGAAGCUAGUGGAGAUACCAGAGCAUGGAAUAGUUUGUUCAUGCGCCCUGAUACUGUUGUGGAAAACAUUGCCCGCAAAUAUGGUGUCAGUAAAAGUGAUUUACUUGACCGAGAAGCUGAUGAUCUUGCUGUACGUAUUGCUUUGGGAGAAACUCAAGUGAUUUUAGAGACAAAAAAGGCAUUUACAAAUGCCGGAGUGAAUGUGGAGUCUUUGGAGGAACUUGCCAAUGGAAAAGUUGAUGGCUUAAAAAGAAGUAACCAUGUGCUUUUAGUGAAGAACUUGCCCUACGGUUCUACAGAAAAUGAACUUGCAAAGAAGUUUGGUAAAUUUGGUAAUUUGGAUAAAAUAAUUCUCCCUCCAACAAAGACAUUGGCCCUGGUUGUUUUCCUUGAACCAGCAGAAGCUCGAGCAGCUUUUAGAGGUUUAGCUUACAAGAAAUUCAAGGAUGCUCCAUUAUACUUGGAGUGGGCUCCUUCCAAUGUUCUUAGCCAAAGCGCAACAUCUAAAAAUAAUGAAAUGAAUAGUGCAAUUGGUGAAAAUGAUGCCAAGCGGCUGAUAUUGGAGCAACACGUGGAAAGAAUAUCAGAUGUGGACAUUGAUCCGAACAGGGUAGAGGCUCGGUCCCUGUUUGUCAAGAACCUCAAUUUCAAGACAACAGACAAGAGUCUGAGGAAGCAUUUUACUGAGCACAUGAAAGAGGGAAGAAUUUUGAGUGUCAAGGUGAAUAAGCACUUGAAAAAUGGGAAAAAUGUUUCUAUGGGUUUUGGAUUCGUUGAGUUUGACUCCACGGAGACAGCUACAAAUGUUUGUAGCGAUUUACAGGGGACUGUUUUGGAGGGGCAUGCUAUUAUUUUACAACUUUGUCAUGUCAAGAAUGACGGGCAAGUACGAAAGACAGUUGAGAAGGAUAAGAGUUCUACAAAAUUGCUUGUAAGAAAUGUUGCUUUUGAGGCAACAAAGAAGGACCUAAGACAGUUGUUUAGCCCGUUUGGCCAGAUUAAAAGCUUAAGGUUGCCAAUGAAGUUUGGAAAUCAUAGAGGCUUUGCUUUUGUAGAGUAUGUUACUCAGCAGGAGGCACAAAAUGCUCUUGAAGCACUCUCAAGCACCCAUCUGUAUGGUAGGCAUCUGGUGAUAGAGAGAGCGAAAGAAGGUGAGAGUUUGGAAGAACUAAGGGCUCGAACAGCUGCUCAAUUUAGUGAACAAAAUGAAUUUCAAAAUUCUUCUGAGUUAUCCAAGAAAAGGAAGCACAUGGGCAUUUUCGAUGAAGAAAAGGGAAAGUUUCAAAGGAUUGCUGAUUAGUACGCCACUAAAGAUUUAAAUAUGUAGGUGUAUAUAUCCUAAAAUUCAGGGAUGGGAAUUUUGUUGUCCUAAGUCUUAAGUCGUUUCAGUUGACCUUACUGUUUCUUUGUUGACAAAGUCUGGGUGGAGAUAUAAAGAAACUUAUCUGAUGGGAAAACUUGGAUAGAACAGACUUACAUCGUUUAGCACUCUUUUCAGGAGGUAACUAUAGGUGAUUCUUGUUACAAAAAAAAAAAGGGGAAAAAAAAAACUAUAGGUGAUUCUUAGUGAUUUAUCUUUAAGUGACAAAUGCAGGUUGUUUGAUUGGUUCUCUACGCAGGCUUUUUAUUUACUGUUUAGUUUUUAAUCAACAUGAGAAU